CAAAAUAUAAAAUGGCGGGAGGAGGACUUCACAGUUCGGUAUUUCUUGUUAUGGUCUCUGGGCAGAUAGAAUCCGCAAGGUUUCCUGAAUUUGACGAUUUGUACUGCAAGUACAGCUUUGUUUAUGGCCAGGACUGGGUAGUUACGUCCGGUUGGGAAGAAGGAAUUUCCCAAACUACUAAAAAGAGUUUGGAUAGACGACAAGUCUUUGUUUUUAAUUUUCCUCUGGACAUCACCUUCAAAAGUACAAGUCCCUAUGGAUGGCCUCAGUUAGUGAUCAGUUGCUAUGGCUUGGAUGCUUUUGGCCAUGAUGUAGUACGAGGAUAUGGAGCUGUCCAUGUUCCUAUCUCACCAGGAAGUCAUACAAGAGAGUUACCAAUGUUUGUUCCAGAGUCAUCAUCAAAAUUUCAAAAAUUUACAAGUUGGUUCCUUGGUAGAAGACCCGAGUUUGUAGAUCCUAAAGUUGUGGCGCAAGGUGAAGGAAGAGAAGUCACCAGAGUGAGAUCACAGGGGAGUGUGAAAGUGACAUUUAGUGUUGUGACUCGCGACAUGAAGAAGUUAGGCUAUGACACAGAAGCUGCUACCGUUGCUCUUCCACAUCUAGCUUCUGGAAACACAGGAAUCACUACAAUACGACCAGAAUCCCAAGCUCAUGGAACAGAGAGUCAUUCGUAGUGAACAGUAAUACCUCUGAUGUGUCAAUAUCAGAAUGCCUAGCGUCUGCUAAAGGCUAGUUUUCUACAUCCCAAAAGAGCAUUCAAGAGGGAGCAGAAGGACAGAUGAAAUUUUUUUUCCAUAGCAGAUUAGAUCUGUGGGAGUUGACUUAUUUAUGGAAAGAAAGCUGGCUCCUUCCCAUUCAUAAGGGACCAUGAGCAGUCAGGAAUGCAAGGCUAAGUAAAUCAUUGACUGAAAAGUGAAUUUAUAUUUUCCUUAAGAGUUUUGCGAAGGGCUAAUGUGUUAACUAACUCUAACCCUGCUGAAGGUCUCAGCUUCAAGAUAACAUAAUUAUGCAUAAUUAUGCAUAAUUAUGCAGCAGCACUGAGUCCUAAGAAGGAAUUUAGAUAAGUUGCUAUCAGGGUUUCCAAUCUCAGACCUUGCAAUUCUUGGCGAUUUCAUAUUGUUGUGUUGUAGAAGAGGCUAGAAAAUGUGCAAAGUUUUUAAAGGCUUCCGCUUAGCCUUUAUUCGACCUAUAUUAAUUGUUCUGUUUUGCCGUGUUCUUGUUGCAGUUACUGUCGUGGUUUGCUUAAAGGUCCCUAUUCUUUGGUUGUCAUGUAGUGCUAACACAUUGCCCGUCAACCAAACAAGCUUUCUGAAGAAGGUGAUAAAGGGUUUAUUCGUGACGCGGGAUUAAGGCCAAAAUUCACCUGUGAAACGUGAAUUUUAUAUAAACGCGAGUGUGAUUCGUGAAUUUAUGAUUCAGCGUGACGCGUGAUUUCCUGAAUUAUACGGGACCUUGGACUUUUCCUUCUGUUCGUGAAAACCUCAAGAUUUCUCUGAAACGUUGUACGCAAGAAGAGAGAUUUGAAGUUUUCCCUUUAAUGUA